AACUAAUGAAGAGGACAGACUUGAAUGUAUCUGGUGCUGCUUUUAUUAACAAAGAUGUCAGAUUUAAAUGCCGAGAAAGUGAUGUUCAUUCGCGGACAUCAGUAAUUGCUUUAAAAGAGCGAGCCGUUGAUUCAACGCCCCUUAAACUAAGCGCGGCUCCAGCUUCUUAGCAGGAGGCCUGCCGGUUGAAAGCCCGCGUGGCUUUUGGUGACCUUGGGCAGCAGAGCAGGGACACCCAAGCGGCUGGUAGACUCGCGCCCGCGGUCAGCUGCCCCCCAGUUCUCUAGAACAUCCCGUCACUGAAGUACCCAGUAAGGGUCAGGAGAACUCAGGCACAUCUGCAAAAGCGUGUUUUUCUCCUCAGAGUGACGCGGUGUCGAUGUUCGCUUUGAGGCGUGAGGUGAUUGUUGGCGCCUUUGAGUCGCUCACGCCUAACCUCUAGCCGCCUGAGGUGUGCCCAGGCUCCCGGCUCCUGGGGCACAUUGCUGGAACUGCCAGGGCAGCUUCCGGGUGUGUGGAAGCUCCCCAUCUCUCCCCGUCCCAGUCAGCUGUCUGCGGGACUGUGUAGCGUCAGUGGGGACGUACUUCUGAGUCUGGGUCCCUUUGAUUACGAGGAAGGUGCCACGUUGACUGUCCUCGUCAUGUUAGCAACUCAGGAGUGGCGCUGGUGGUUUCUUCUGAGAAGUAUUUUGGGAGACUGACUCACCGAGAUGGUGACACAGGUCGUUCCUGACUUUGCUCUGCUCCCAAGAAGGGCGACUGACAGCCAUUCAAGAGCAAGCACCACUGAGCCCCCGGAACACUGGGCCGAGGCUGCCGCAGCCCGACCACAGGGACCACGGGAGACCGCCGCGCCGGGCGAGGGCAGUGAGAGGGACGGGGAGGGAGCGGCCGGCGAGGACCGGAAACCGACCUCCAGCGUUCCUUGCGCAGACGCAGGCUCCCCGGGGGCCUGUUGAAAGGCCGGACCAGCAGCUCCUGGGAGCGCCUCGCGGGAGCCGGUCAGAAAAUCCAGACCGUUGUGAUCACUGAACAGCGAAUGGCACGAGAAAACCUCAGGAAGGCCUUCUGACAUCAAGAUAUGAGUCAUUCGCGGAAAGUGAUUACUGUGGCUGCCGAGCAGGUGAAUGAGUAACAGCACCGAGGUGCUUCGUGGUGUCAGUGGCAGUCACGUUCUGUAACGCUCAGCAACAGCCUUCCUGACUGAUACACCCCAGCUCAGAGAGAGCGCGCGCCUUCUGGUACAGACGGCUUUUCCAGCGCCCCAUCGGUUUCUUUUAGGGGACGACAAAUCUGUUGAUGCUUGAGACGUCCAAUCAGCACAAUGGACAGAAGCCUGAGGAACGUCCUCGUGGUCUCCCUCGGGUUUCUGCUUCUCUUUACUGCCUACGGAGGUCUGCAGAAUCUGCAGAGCAGUCUGUACAGCGAGGCGGGCCUGGGGGUGGCCGCGCUCAGCACGCUCUACUGCGGGAUGCUGCUCUCGUCCAUGUUCCUGCCGCCGGUCCUCAUUCAGAAGCUGGGCUGCAAGUGGACCAUCGUCACCUCCAUGUGCUGCUACGUGGCCUUCUCCCUGGGCAACUUCUACGCCAGCUGGUACACACUGGUCCCCACCUCCGUCCUGCUGGGACUUGGAGCCGCCCCGCUGUGGUCCGCUCAAGGCACCUACCUCACCAUCAUGGGAAACGCACACGCGGAGAAGGCGGGAAAAGCCGGCAAAGACGUGGUGAACCAGUAUUUCGGCAUCUUCUUCCUCAUAUUCCAGUCGUCCGGAGUGUGGGGCAACCUGAUCUCGUCUCUGGUGUUUGGACAGACGCCCACUCACGGGGCCGUUCCAGAGGAGCAGCUCCUGUCCUGCGGGGCCAGUGACUGCUUGAUGGCCACGGCAUCCUCCAACAGCACCAGUCACCCGUCCCAGGAGCUGAUCUACACCCUGCUGGGCAUUUACACGGGGAGCGGUGUCCUGGCCGUCCUGCUGACGGCCGUGCUGCUCGAGCCCGUGAAAGGCGCUCAGCGGACACGGGAGGGGAAGGAGAGAGCACCGCGCACGUGGUCCGCUCUGCUGUCGACGUUCAAGCUCUUUCGGGACAAGCGGCUGCGUCUCCUGGUCCUGCUGCCGCUGUACAGCGGGUUCGAGCAAGCCUUCCUGGCCGGCGACUACACGAGGUCCUACGCCACCUGCGCCCUGGGCAUCCAGUAUGUCGGCUACGUGAUGAUCUGCUUUGCGGCCGUCAACGCGCUCUGCUCCCUUCUGUACGGGAAGCUCGCCGCGCACACGGGCAGAACAGCCCUCUUCGCACUGGGUGCCGCUACCCACCUCUCCUGCAUCCUCGCCCUCCUGCUGUGGAGACCGCACCCCAGUCAGCUGGCUGUGUUCUUCGUACUUUCCGGCCUCUGGGGCGUGGCCGACGCCGUCUGGCAGACACAGAACAAUGCUCUCUACGGGGUGCUGUUUGAGGACAACAAGGAGGCCGCCUUCGCCAACUACCGCCUGUGGGAGGCCCUGGGCUUCGUGAUCGCCUUUGGGUACAGCUCGUUUCUGUGCGUCAGCGUCAAGCUCUACAUCCUCCUGGGCGUCCUGAGUCUGGCCAUGGUGGCGUACGGAGUCGUCGAGUGUCUGGAGUCCAGGAAGCUGACCAGGCCGCUUGCCGUCCGGCAGACAAAGCCAGAGGAGGAAGGAGAAACACAGACGAAAAUGUGAAGCAGCAAACCCCGCGGCAGGUGGGGCGGAGCCCACGGGCAGGAGGGCUUUGCUUGAAGGCACCUCCGAGUUGACACUUGAGUCUUUACAAUGACUUCCAUGGUAUUUCAUUUUUUAUGUGUUUUUUUUCUACCAAAUUUUGCAGUCCACCACCUCAUCCAUCUCCUGGUGGAAAUCCAGAAUAUUUGUGAAGGAAUCAGUUUCAGGCACAAAAAAAGAAAUUUAGGGCACAGUCCGCCAACUGGGACUGGCUUAGACUCUUAGCACCAACAACUGCUGCUUGUUUCAUUGUUGUUUUUAAGAGUUGAAGGCUGCUUCCAAAACGCAGCCCCAAACCAGUCAUUUUACAAACCGCUGAACGACAUUCAGGCCGGUCGGGGACUGCCGCCCGGAGUCCGUCAGGGCCAAAGCCAGAGCAGGGGGCAGGAGUUCCUGAAUAAAUGCAGUUAUAUCACGGCGCCGUCUCCCAUCCAGACGCUUUUAUCCUGAACACCCAGAGCACACACGCAGAAGUCAUCAGGUGAGUCACUUCACAUGCUGUAGACCAUUGGAGGACAACGGGCAAAGGUUGUCCCCAACGGGACACACAGGUGAGGCUGAAGACACUAGAAGCCGGGCAGCGUCCUAAGAGCCAUCUGCCCUUCUCACCCUCAGAACCUACGCGCACCCAGUCUUCCUUGACACGGGGGAGCAGCUGGUCACUCGGUCACCGCCUCUCUCUGAGCCGGGCUCUCCGUCCGGGUCUCCGCACCCCCUGCUGCUCUGUGACAGCGUCCCCGUGGGUCUCUCUUCUCUCCUCUCACCCCCGGAGGCUGCUCACCCCUUCUUCUCCACCUGUGCUCUCCUCCCUUGUGUCCCGAGGAGGCUCCCGCCGCCUGUGAAUGUGAACAACUACUCCUACAAGGAGCUCGGGCCAGCCCGGAGACGCUGCCUCCGACAGAUGGCCGCGUUCAGCCGGGCUGGUUGUCGUGACGGUCGACAACAGGCAGGGACUGCUGCUGCUGGACUGUGAUCCGAACAGGCCGGAGGGCAGCUGUCAGGGGAGUGGGUCGGUCACUUCCCACCUCACCCUCCAGGAGUCUGGAAGCUUCUACUCCAGCAGCAGAUGUCCCGACCUUGGGUGACCCCCCUCCCCCUCCCCCAGACUGGAUUAGUGUCCACUCUGUGAAUGAAAAAUAUUUGCAGCCACAUCAGUAAACAAGGAUCCUGAGGCCGUCACGUCAUCAGCGACGACCGCCGCCCCCAACCGCGACAGCGAGCGGAGGGAACUCAGCACGCAGACCAGCAGGCAGCCGGCUCCGCAGCGCCCCCAGCGGUGCCCCCUGAGGGGGCUCA